AUGUCGGCUGUGAAACCGCUUGUGACAGUGUACUCCGAAAAGGGGGAAACCACUAACAACCAUGUCAAAUUACCGUCAAUAUUCUUGGCUCCAAUCAGGCCAGAUAUUGUCAGCUUCGUGCAUGACCAAAUGCUGAAAAAUUCUCGUCAUCCAUAUUGUGUCAGUGAAUAUGCAGGUCAUCAAACUUCUGCUGAGUCUUGGGGUACAGGCCGUGCUGUUGCUCGUAUACCUCGUGUCCGUGGUGGUGGAACCCAUAGGUCAGGUCAGGGAGCCUUUGGUAACAUGUGCCGUGGAGGACGUAUGUUUGCUCCAACCAAAACCUGGAGGCGUUGGCACAGGAAAAUCAAUGUCAACCAGAGAAGAUAUGCGCUCUGUUCUGCUGUAGCUGCUAGUGGAAUCACUGCCUUGGUGGAAUCAAAGGGUCAUAAAGUGCAAGAUGUUGUUGAAAUUCCAUUAGUUAUCAAUGACAAAGUUCAAGAAUAUAAAAAGACAAAGGAAGCUGUUACUUUGCUCAGGCAGUUGAAGGCCUGGAAUGAUAUUGAAAAGGUCUAUAAAUCAAAACGCUUCAGGGCUGGCAAAGGGAAAAUGAGAAAUCGUCGGAGAAUCAUGCGCAGGGGACCUCUCAUUGUCUAUGAAAAGGAUAAUGGCAUUGUGAAAGCUUUCCGUAACAUCCCUGGUGUUACUACCAUUAAUGUCAAACAUCUGAAUUUGAGAAGAGUUGCACCUGGUGGACAUGUUGGUAGAUUCAUAAUCUGGACUGAAUCAUCAUUCAGGAAAUUAGAUAACAUCUAUGGAACAUGGGCCCAGGCUUCCAAAGAAAAGACUGGAUACAACCUUCCUAUGCCAAAAAUGACCAACUCUGACUUGAGUAGAAUUCUGAAAAGUGAUGAAAUUCAGUCAGUCUUGAAGAAGCCAAACAAAAAAGUUAGGAGAUAUGUACUAAAGAAGAAUCCUUUGAAGAACUUCCGUGUGAUGAUGAAACUCAAUCCCUACGCCGCUGCCAUGAAGAGAAGUGCCAUCCUUACUCAGAGGGCUCAGAAACGUUUAAAAGAAAAUACUCUUAAGAAGGGGCUCACCAUGAGAAAAUUGAAAAAGAUGAAGGAAGAAGAAUUCCUCAAGAAAAAAGCCAAGAAUGCUGAAAAGAGGAUCAAGAAGUUGGCUUUACAAAAGAAGAGGUUGAGAGCAAAAGGAAAGAGACAGAAAAAAUUAAUGAAGGCUAAGGCAAAAAAGCUAACAUCCUCCAAGAAAGGUGCCAAGCCGGCCAAGAAAGGUGCCAAGCCGGCCAAGGCUCGUAUAACUCCUGCUAAACCUAGAGCAGCUCCUAAGGCAAUUGGUCAAAGAAAGGCUGCUACUAAAUGA